CGAAGCAUCGAUCAAGGCCAUCCAAAGAAAUAAAGAAUUAGGAAAUGGAAUCGGAGCUUGUGAUGAUGAGAAGGCUUCUUGCCCUGAUGGGAAAUGAAGGGCAGGGUCAGGCAAGAACGUCAAACGGAGGCCACAACAGUGGGACUCAAGGUUCAUUCACCAACAGUGGAUCUGGUUCUCAACAGUUCCGAGACGUUAACUACAAUAACGGCGCUUGUUCCGGCAACGGCAACGUAUAUCCUCGCUACUACAACGACGGUGGCAACCUCAUCCAUAACAGUGGUACUGUCCAUGGCAACGGUAACGGCUCCAUUGUCUAUGGAGGCCUUGAUUCCUCCACCCGAAACAGAUAUUGGUAAUAAGCUGAUAUUAUGCUAGGCCCUGUAUUAAGGAAUAAUAAUAAUCAUAAAGAACAAUGAACGAUAACUUAUGGAAAGGGUGGUGCUGCUAUAGCCCUGUACAAUUAAUUACUGGUUUGCUCCUUUAAUUAAUAUAUACAUAUAUAUAGUCUGUGUGCUUUGUAAUCACAGGAGGAUCUUCAUCCUCCUCUUUCAUGUUAUUAAUAAUAAAUAAAUAUUUUAUUUAA